UACAGGCCUUUCACAAGGUGGCCUCAACCUUAUUCCCAGCAUUACUACAAUUUGUACUACAAGACAUUGGUCAUGUUUACAUUUCGUUGUAAACAUUAAGAAUUUUCAUCAUCUCCAGUAUUGAUUUAUCGUGUUCUGCAUAGCUAUUGGCAAAGUCUGUGCAUUAUUUUGCAAAAAGGAUGAUCAUAUUGACAAGGAGAUAAUAAAAAAUUUACACACGGCGUGUGGAGAUGAACUGCCAUAUGGAUGUAUUGUUGUCAGUGUAUGUGAUCGGUGGAGAGCCAGGCUGUUGGUGACCGACAUAUGGAAGUGUCAUUCCUCUGAUUCUGAUCAUUUAAAUAAUGCUGUCUGAUUAUUAACACCGAUUCAGGAGCUAAACCUAGGGACUAAGCUGUAAAGGCUCCGGAAACAAAAUUUGCCACAGAGAUGUUGGACAGUGUCUCUGAAUUUAAUUCUGGGGCUCCAUGAAUCAGCAUAUAGUAGCCAAGGAUAUUGGCUCUUUUACUACAGGGCUUGCAUUUUUCAUGGGAACUGAGACAGGGUGAAUUGCUUUUCAUGUGAAUGAAUUGAAGGUAGUUUCGGCAUUGAUACCUUUGUCAUUGUGAGCUGUGUGGAAUUCUGUGGUAUGAUUGGUGAUAUAUACUACCGACAUGACAACUGCACAUAAAGCUUCCCUACGACAAGCUCCAGAGUACCACCAAAUGCAGGAUGGGAUGGGAUCUGAGACUACAGAAGAGGUGGAACCCUCCAAGCAGCGAGUCAUUUACAUUAAUGCACCCCAGCCUGUCAAGUACUGCUACAACAAGAUCAGCACCGCCAAGUAUAGUGUAUUGACCUUCGCACCAAAGUUCCUGUUCGAGCAGUUUAGAAAGUAUGCCAACAUCUUCUUUCUGUUCAUCUCACUACUUCAGCAAAUUCCACGUGUAUCCCCAACUGGACGGUAUACAACAGCAGUGCCCCUUCUGUUUAUCCUAGCAGUGUCUGCUAUCAAGGAAAUCAUUGAGGACUUUAAACGUCACCGUCAAGAUGAUGCAGUUAACAAUCGAGAAGUGCAGGUGUUAAGAGAUGGUACCUGGCAACGGCUCCUUUGGACGCAGGUGAUGGUGGGAGACCUGGUCAAGGUGGUCAGCGGUCAGUUCUUCCCAGCAGACCUUGUCCUUCUGUCGUCAAGUGAACCACAGGCCAUGUGUUACAUAGAAACUUCCAAUCUAGAUGGGGAAACAAAUCUGAAGAUUAGGCAGGGUAUACCUCAAACUGCCAAGCUUUUACGACACGAAGAUUUAUUAGAUCUGGAUGGUGUGGUGGAGUGUGAGCUGCCAAACAAACACCUGUAUGACUUUGUGGGAAACAUCCGACCAUCAGGCAGAUUUGCCAUCCCUCUAGGUCCAGACCAGCUGUUACUGAGGGGAGCCAUGCUGAGGAAUACCAAGUGGAUAUUUGGGAUUGUGAUCUACACUGGUUCAGAGUCCAAGUUGAUGCUCAACUCCUCCACUGCACCGCUGAAAAGGUCAAACGUGGAGAAAGUCACAAACACACAGAUCCUGAUACUGUUUGUCAUCCUGAUUGUCAUGUCCCUGAUCAGUACUAUUGCUAACGAGAUGUGGACCAAGUGGCAUGUGGACCGGGAUUGGUACCUGGCCUAUCAAGAGCUACCACCUAGUAACUUUGGUUACAACUUCCUGACCUUCAUCAUCCUGUACAACAAUCUCAUCCCCAUCAGUCUCCAGGUCUCCCUCGAGGUCGUCAAGUUCAUACAGGCUAUAUUCAUCAACUGGGAUCUAGAUAUGUACUGCGCCGAGUCAGACACACCUGCUAUGGCAAGGACGUCAAACCUUAACGAGGAACUUGGACAGAUUAAGUACAUCUUCUCUGAUAAGACUGGUACACUAACGAGAAACAUCAUGGAGUUCCGGAAAUGUUCCGUGGCUGGUAUUACUUAUGGUAACAAUGAAGAAAGUGAACACACAUUCAAUGACUCAACAAUUCUGGAGAAUCUACAGAACCAUGUGACAGCCCCAGUUCUACGUGAGUUUCUUACGCUGCUGUCUGUGUGUCAUACUGUUGUUCCAGAACGUGAGAGCCUUGAGGAGGGCAGUGACACCGGUCAUGUGGUGUACCAAGCUUCGUCUCCAGAUGAAGCAGCUUUGGUUAAAGGAGCCAGAAGUCUCGGGUUCGAGUUUGCUACUAGGACCCCCCAGGCUGUCACCAUCAAAGUGAAUGGGAAGUCAGAACAAUAUGAAGUAUUAAAUGUUCUAGAAUUUUCAAGUACAAGAAAAAGAAUGUCGGUUGUGGUACGGACUCCUGACAACAGGAUCAAGGUUUACUGUAAAGGCGCAGAUACUGUAAUAUACGAACGUCUCGACGAGAAACAACUCUACAGGGAUAUCACUCUUCAACAUUUAGAGGAGUUUGCCUCAUUGGGUUUGCGGACCCUUUGUAUUGCAACGGCAGAUGUAGCUGAGGAUUUCUAUGAAGACUGGAAACACACCUAUUACAAGGCCAGCACAUCCAUACAGAAUCGAGAGAAAAAACUGGAGGAGGCUGCCGAACUUAUAGAGAGGAAUUUAAAAUUGCUUGGUGCUACAGCUAUAGAAGAUAAACUUCAAGAUGGAGUGCCUGAAACAAUAGCUAACCUCGCUAAGGCUGAUAUCAAGAUUUGGGUGCUGACAGGAGACAAACAGGAGACUGCCAUCAAUAUAGGGUAUUCCUGUAAAUUGUUGACCCAAGGCAUGCCAUUGUUGAUCGUCAAUGAACACAGUCUAGAUGGAACACGCGAGACAUUAAGACGUCAUGUGGGCGAGUUUGGCGACCUCCUGCGUAAAGAAAAUGACGUUGGCUUAAUCAUUGAUGGACAGACACUGGACUUUAUCUUAUCCGACCGUCCUCCAAUCAAACGCCCCAAAAGAAAAAAGACACUGAAAUAUGCAUUAUCCUGUGACUGUCGACAAGAUUUUCUUGACAUAGCCAUUUCUUGUAAAGCUGUCAUCUGCUGUAGGGUUUCCCCUUCCCAGAAGGCCGAGCUGUGUAACCUUGUAAAGCACUCAGUGAAGGCUAUCACCUUGGCGAUAGGGGAUGGUGCUAACGAUGUGGGCAUGAUACAGGCUGCUCAUGUUGGUGUUGGGAUCAGUGGUGUAGAGGGACUACAGGCAGCAUGUGCCUCUGACUACGCAAUCGCACAGUUUCGGUUCCUGAACAAGCUGUUACUGGUUCAUGGUGCUUGGAGUUAUGCCCGAUUGUGCAAGAUGAUCCUAUACUCAUUUUACAAGAACAUUUGUCUGUACGUCAUUGAGUUUUGGUUUGCCAUUAGGAACGGGUUCUCUGGCCAGAUCCUGUUCGAGAGGUGGAGUAUUGGCUUUUACAAUGUGAUAUUUACUGCGGCUCCGCCCCUGGCCAUGGGACUGUUUGACAGAAUCUGUAGUGCUGAUAGUAUGAUGAAGUUUCCUGCACUGUAUAAAUCCUCACAGAAUGCUGAGUACUUCAAUGUGAAGGUAUUCUGGAUGUGGAUAAUGAAUUCAAUUUUCCAUUCAAUACUUCUGUUUUGGCUUCCAGCCUUAUCUCUCCAACAAGAUUCUGCCUUUUCUGAUGGGAAAGUAGGAGAUUAUCUAUUUUUAGGAAAUUUUGUAUAUACGUAUGUAGUUGUGACAGUGUGUCUUAAGGCGGGCCUGGAAACCAGUGCUUGGACCUGGCUGACACACCUGGCUAUAUGGGGCAGUAUAGCGAGCUGGUUCCUGUUCCUCACCGUGUACAGCCAUAUCUAUAUGAUUGUCGACCUUGCCCCAGAGAUGCUUGGCAUGGACUCCCAUGUGUUUGGCUGUUCUAUAUUCUGGAUGGGUCUAGUCCUUAUUCCUUUCAUGUCACUCAUCCGCGACGUCGCAUGGAAAGCGAUUAAACGAACCAUGUGUAAGACAUUAAAAGAAGAGGUCCAGGAAAAAGAGAAAUUACAUGAGGAUCCUACCCCUGUUGUUCUAAAGUUAACGAAGAAAAGACUGACAGAGACAGCCCGACUCCUCCGGAAUGUCUUUACUCGUUCAUCAGGCAGAAUGCCGACAGCUGUGGACCAACCUCCUCCCUCACCCACGCCAUCACCAUUUCAAGAUGGCUAUGCUUUCUCACAAGAAGAACAUGGUGUCCUGACUCAGGCGGAGCUCAUCCGAGUCUAUGACAGUAAUAAGGAGAAGCCUGAGGGAUUAUAACAUGAUAUUAUUAUUGUGUCUCUGCUGUGUUGUGUGAUGUCUGUGUUAUAAGAAUCAGUCGUCAUACCAGCGCAUUGGUCAACUAUCAAACUGGCCGGAUUAGUCAACUAUCAAACUGUCCGAAUUAGUCAACUAUCAAACUGUUCGGAUUAGUCAACUAUCAAACUGUUCGGAUUAGUCAACUAUCAAACUGUCCGGAUUAGUCAACUAUCAAACUGUCCGGAUUAGUCAACUAUCAAACUGUCCGGAUUAGUCAACUAUCAAACUGUCGGAAUCGGUCAAAUUGUAGAGAUUGGUCAACUGUUGUCAUCAAAUAUUCGGAAAUUGUGAACAAUCAAACUGUAAUCAGACAUCAUUCAGUCAGGAUUAUCUGACAUCAUAUGGUCCGGAUUAUCUGACAACAUACGGUCAGGAUUAUCUGACAUCAUACUGUCAUACCAUCAGGAUUAUCUGACAACAUAAUGUAAGGAUUAUCUGACAUCAUAUGGUCCGGAUUAUCUGACAACAUACGGUCAGGAUUAUCUGACAUCAUUCUGUCAUACCAUCAGGAUUAUCUGACAACAUACUGUCAGGAUUAUCUGACAUCAUACUGUCAGGAUUAUCUGACAUCAUACUGUCAUACCAUCAGGAUUAUCUGACAACAUACUGUCAGGAUUAUCUGACAACAUACGGUCAGGAUUAUCUGACAUCAUACUGUCAGACCAGCAGGAUUAUCUGACAACAUACGGUCAGGAUUAUCUGACAUCAUACUGUCAGGAUUAUCUGACAUCAUACUGUCAUACCAUCAGGAUUAUCUGACAACAUACUGUCAGGAUUAUCUGACAACAUACUGUCAUACCAUCAGGAUUAUCUGACAACAUACUGUCAGGAUUAUCUGACAACAUACGGUCAGGAUUAUCUGACAUCAUACUGUCAGACCAUCAGGAUUAUCUGACAUCAUACUGUCAGACUAUCAGGAUUAUCUGACAUCAUACUGGCAUACCAUCAGGAUUAUCUGACAACAUAAUGUCAGGAUUAUCUGACAUCAUACUGUCAUACCAUCAGGAUUAUCUGACAUCAUACUGUCUGUAUUAUCUGACAUCAUACUGUCUGUAUUAUCUGACAUCAUACUGUCUGUAUUAUCUGACAUAUGGUCAGGGUUAUCUGACAUCAUACUGUUGGGAUUAUCUGUCUUGUGUGGUGGGGAUGAUUUCACCAUCAUACGGUGGGGAUUGUCUUGCUAUCAUACUGUUGGGAUUAUCCCGCCAUCAUAGUUUAUAUUAUCUCACCAUCAUUCAGUAAGGAUUAUCUUGCCAUUAUAUGGUUGGGAUUAUCUCAACAACCAUUGGUUGGGAUUGUUUCACUUUGAUACAGUGGGGAUUAUCUUGUUCUCAUACAGUAAGGAUUAUCUCACCAUCAUACUGUGGGGAUUAUCUCACCAUCAUACGGUGGGGAUUAUCUUGUUCUCAUACAGUAAGGAUUAUCUCGCCAUCAUACAGUAAGGAUUAUCUCGCCAUCAUACAGUAAGGAUUAUCUCGCCAUCAUACAGUAAGGAUUACCCGCCAUCAUACUGUGGGGAUUAUCUCACCAUCAUACGGUGGGGAUUAUCCCGCCAGCAUACUGUGGGGAUUAUCUCACCAUCAUACUGUGGGGAUUAUCCCGCCAGCAUACUGUGGGGAUUAUCUCACCAUCAUACGGUGGGGAUUAUCCCGCCAGCAUACUGUGGGGAUUAUCUCACCAUCAUACUGUGGGGAUUAUCUCACCAUCAUACUGUGGGGAUUAUCUCACCAUCAUACUGUGGGGAUUAUCUCACUAUCAUACGGUGGGGAUUAUCUCACCAUCAUACUGUGGGGAUUAUCUCACCAUCAUACUGUGGGGAUUAUCUCACCAUCAUACGGUGGGGAUUAUCCCGCCAUCAUACUGUGGGGAUUAUCUCACCAUCAUACUGUGGGGAUUAUCCCGCCAGCAUACAGUAAGGAUUAUCUCACCAUCAUACAGUGGGGAUUAUUUGGCCAUCAUUAUUCAGGGUGAAUUAUACAUCCCACCUGUUUGUUAAUUUUUAUUGAGAAGAGAGAGUAAGGAGUACUAUACAGAUCUGUAUUGUGUUGUUGUUGUGUUGUCAUGACUACCUACAUAUAAACAGAAUGACUGAUGAGUAAUUGAAUGUGGUCUGGAAGUUUAAAUUCCAUUAGCAUCAUAGUAUUAUUAGAAGAAUGCCAUUUUUACUAUUAAUUCCAGUGUUUUGUUUUACUUGUUAUGUCAGAAUGUGUUGGUUUGUCCUCUAUUGAAUGUCUGUCUGUGAAGCAAUCAUAUUCAUGUAUCCUGUGUGUAUAAUUGUAUACAUGUACUUAGAACAUGGAUAUCUAGUUUUAAUAUUAUAAUUAUAGCCUUAGUGAGGGCAACAUCAGGACUAUCAUCUAUCUAAAACAAUUCCUUAGAACAUUCUACAUAAUUAUCUUUCUGUUUUAGCUGUGUCACAGUUUCAGUGUAUGAAUACAUGUGAUCAUAUGCACCAUUGAACCCUUUGAGCAUAAUAUUUGAACAGCUGGUCAUAUUGUUUUGAAUAAAUGCUUUAAUUAAUUUGAAAUUGGUCAUAUUAAUGCCUUAAUUCACUUUAUUUACUGGGCAGUAUGUUGAAUUGUGUGAAUGAUGUUGAAUUUCUCUGUGGAGACAUACAAUAGUGGUUAGAAUAUAUACACAAUGAUAUGUGUAUAGGUCAGGGUUUGCAUAGCAUUGAGAACCAGCUGGUAAAGAAUGCUUGACUCAGGAGAUGAAAUUGAUCAGUACAAUGUUUUUGAACAGAUUUUAUUAUUCAUAAAGCAGGUUUUGACCCGACAUAUGAAAAUUUAUUUUAUAAUUUUGCAGAAAUAAUCUAAAGAUAAGUAUUGAUUUUAAAGCUUUUUUUUUCUUGGUACAGUAUUUUUUCUUGGUUCAGUAUUUCUUUUUAGUACAGUAUUGUGUUUUUUUUAGUUAAAAAUAAAACAACAAAAUGACAAGUGAUGAUCUCUAAGCCACAUACAGUGCAUUAUUCACAUGGAGUAUUUGCCAAAUUUAUGCUCAUCAAAAAGAUAUAAUGGUCAUUGAGAUGAAAUUAUUUUUGAAUCACACAUGAAAUGUUGUAAAGUUGGUUUUGAUUUGUGUCAUCACUAUUCAAUGUUUACUGGGAGAAUGACAGCGAGGGAAAUGAUAUGGAUUGUCUCCCCUGAUUUGUAGGAGUAGAUGUAUAUAUGAAGCAUGAAUGUGAUAGCAGUACAGUUAAUCUUAGAAUUAUUUGUACAUGGUUAUAUUCUGUGGACAAAGUAAAUGUGUGCUUGUUUGUAACAUCAGGGACGUAUUAUGUUCCAUGGUAACUUUUACUCACCUUCUCCAUAAGUAUCAGUUUUAGGUAUGAAGAGGUCAUUGUUAGAUUCAAGUACUUUUUUCUUUGUAUACAUGUAUGGUGGUGUUCAUUUUUUCAAAUUCAGAAUGAUAUGGUAUGAAAUAUAUAUAAUAAUACAUGUACGUAAUUAUUGUUGUCUCAAUUUCCUCCAUUAUCUAAUCAAACUUUUUUUUUUUAUUUCAUUUCUAUUUAAAUCAAAGUAUAAUGCUGAGAUUAUUCUAUUCAAUUGUAAAUAUUUCUAUAACCUUUACACAAGUCCUGAUUACACCGUAGAUCAUUCUAGGUCACGGUAGUACGUACACUACCAUAUUGUCACAGACACAUUAGACCUUAUAAUACUCUUACAAUCAUUCUAGGUGUCGAUGUUCAUACAUACUAUACCUCCACAUAACAGAAGCUACUUUUUAUAGAGAAAAUUAUAGGUUGGUCUUGGACAUUGUGUUAUCAGUUAUUUUUGUUUAUUCCAAAUUUGUCUCUCGUGCAUCAUCCACCAAUAAAUAAACAAUUAAAAUUUUCAACUUUUUCUCCCAAUAACAAUCUCCCAGGGGCCUGAGAAAGUGGAUGAAAUUAACUGAAAUUUCAAAUUCUUCUUUUCAAUACCCAGAUAAGGUAGGAUGAAAUACUCUGCAUAGAUAAAAGGGUCUUGAGGUACUCUAAAUUGUGAAUUUCAUGAAUUUUUGGUCACACAGUCCCUGGGGAAUCACAUCCCUAAGCGUAUUUGAGAAUUAUUUGUUUUUAGAAAUAAUACAAGGUUGGUUAAAAUUAUGAGAUGGGAUGGCAGUUUGAUGGAAAUAUUGGCCCUGACUGAUCCCCUGGGGCUGAUUGGUGGGCAAGAAAGUGUCAAAUUGACUAAAAUAUUUCGGAACUCAGGUGACUGUGGGCUUCUUGUCUUCUUCAAUCGAUGUUUUUCCUAAAACAUUUUUUUUACCCAGUAUUAAUUUAGAGUAUUUAGUUUUGAGAAGAUUAGACUCUAUAUACAUACAGAUUGUAACAAGAACUGUUGGGGUUUCUUAAUCUCUUAUGUGAUAAGGUGAAUGGCGCUUUAUAUAAAAACUGAAUAUUUUAUGACAGAAAAUGGUUUUCUAACUGUGAUAGAUAAAUUACAUUGAUUGAUGUUUCUUCUCUAGCCAAUUUGUCAAGUGCCAUGCCCUUCUAUUACUUGUUACCAUAGUAUCCAAAGUUGCUGAGGAAGAUUCAGUUCAAAGCCGCUAGCCGAAGCUAAAUUAUAUUUUGUACUUUCAUGUGCUUUGCAAUUUCAUAACCAUGAAGUAUUCAACGGUUGUUUCAGCUAUUAACAUAAAGUGCUUGUCUUAAAUGCUUUCCUGAAGAUCAUUAUGAAGAAAUAUUCAUUUUGAUUCUUAAUGAUUAAAGAUUUUGGUCUAUAAACUGCCUAUGUUCCACUUACAUUUCUAAAUUGGCAGCCUAGCCUAUAAGUUACAGAAAGGAAAAACAGAUCUUGUGUAAGUGUAGUACGAGGGUGGUACACAGUAUGCUCGUGUUUGUGGUGACUUACACCAUGUUACUGGAGUUUCCAUUGGUACCUGAAGGAACAUAUACCCCCUAUAUCUAAUUGUCUAUUCUGUAUUAUGAUUUAUUCAGUAUUGUUUUAUGUUGAUCCCAGAUUGUGGUAAUCACAGUACCAAUCAUAUAUCUAUAACUAUUGUAUACCUGGUAAUUCAAUCAAAUAUCUACUGGGGGAUAGAUAUGCGGCAUAUUGUCUCUAUGUCUCAUAGUUGAGAAAAUUAUCUGAUCUUGUAAAUUAUUAUUAAUCAUCAUAAUUUAUUAAUAUUUCACAGACUAUUUUUCAUACGCUAAUAUUAUCAUUGUACACACUGAUGACUUCAUUAACCAAAUAGGCUAUUCUUUGUAGAAAAAGUGGUAUUUAUUGUCUUCAUGUUCAAACUUUACAAGAAGUCUUUUUUUAUUAAAAAAACUUUUUGUCAAUUACUAGUAUAUAGAUGAAUAAGUUGACCCUGAGGCCAAUAUCAGAGAUGUAACCGUAUAAUUAUUGGUAACCAGUAAAAUGGGUUACCUGUUUAAGGGGUUACCAAUAUACCGGUAAUUAGUUAUCUGUAAAUAGCCUGGGUUAAUUGUUACCUGUGUACAUAUAUUAGGUUACUGGUAUAACAAGCUUACAGACUGUUAAGGGUUACCUGUAUAAUGUGUCACCUUUAUCACAAGUUACCUGCAUGAUUAGUCACCUAUGUAAUGGUUACCUGUAUAUACCAGUAAUUAGGUUCCUGUGUUAUGGUUACCUGUAUAUACCAGUAAUGAGGUUCCUGUGUUAUGGUUACCUGUAUAUACCAGUAACGAGGUUCCUGUGUUAUGGUUACCUGUAUAUACCAGUAAUUAGGUUCCUGUGUUAUGGUUACCUGUAUAUACCAGUAACGAGGUUCCUGUGUUAUGGGUUACCUGUAUACUAAGUAGCAUGUAAACAGAUGGUUAUACACUUUGAUACAGCAAAGGAGACGUUAUGUAAGUAAGUUUUAUAUUGCUUCACAGCAAGUUGUUUUAUUCAUUUUAGUUCCACAGAUGUAAACAUGGUUUAUUAAAUAAUAUGUCCAGUCCCUAAAACAAAAUAUAAUUAUAGUUUUUGUAAACUGACAUGUUUUGUGUUGAUGCAUUUACAUAGAAUCAGAAAUAAAUCUUCUUUUCUUUUUCAA